AAUGUAGAAGUUUGUACUUAGAAUGGGUUAGAAUGGGUAAGUCUAUAGAGAAUCUUCAUGGUGCACGGCUACAAUAUUGCCAGAGAAACGUCCACAAUAAAAGAAAGCAACACUAAGAUUAUCAAUCCCAAUUCUAUUCUAACGAGACGUAUUCUUCUGAGGUUCGUUGUCUACUUCCAAUUGCCGUAUCACACUUGUCUUUCGCUUUCUCAUUCUCUGCUAUUUCUCUAUUGCUGUCUCUUUCGCACCCAAUCUUUCAGAUUCGCACCCACGCGAAACAACAAAUAAUAAUAAUAUUGAAAAUUCCACAACAUAAAUAAAUCCAUUAGCUGGACAACAUCAGCAUCAACAGCAUCAACAAACAACAUGUCUCAUGAAAAACUAGCGGAGAAACACUCUAUGGAUAUACCGCACGUGACGGCCGUAGAACUCCCCCUUGUAGUGCGCAAUGUAGAUAAAGCAAUCGCCAUGAUAGGUGGAAAGCGUCACAUCUCCGAAGUCAUCAACAGUCCAGACAAACUGUCCAACCUCAACAACCACACCACUGUGGAAAACACGCUCGAGCUCCGGUUGCGAAAUGACCCGUUCCACCACCCUGUCCAAUCGCUGUACAAUACUAGCGAGAAGAUCUUGCUCAAGGUGUCAGUGCCAAAGAAGGCGCUUCCCCCAGACUACGCUUCCAAUCCAGACAAGUACUCUGUACAACAGCUAGUAGAAAUCAACAAUAACAACAAGCAAACCCCAAAACACCGCGUAAAUCCAGUAGCCAUCAUCGACAAAACUUAUCUGUUUAAGUCUAUUGCCGAUUUCCAGAUCUCAACCAAGCACAAUGAAACUGUCCAGGAGUUCAACAAAAGCAUACUUAACUCAAACCAGUAUCAGACAGUGAAAAGCUACUUUGACAAACACAAUUCGUUCACAGGCAUUUCAGACUACAAGGACUCGGGUCUGUACUCCCUUAAUAUUGACCACCAGUUGCCUCCUCCACCGAUUUUAUCACCUAUUAGAUUUCCAUUCGAUUACAGGUACCAGAAGAAUCCGUUCACCACAGCAGUUAAGGAUGCGAAGUCAGGCGAAGUCAAGAUGCUCUCGACAAAAGGCUCGGUCAAGUUGUAUACGAAAAUGAUAGACUACAACACUAACGAGGUUCCACAGCUGCCGGCCCUGGAACUCGUAGACAAUCUAGACCUGUUAGUUAAGAGGCAGCUUUCAGUUAAUAGCUCAGAAUACUCGCUUCUCCAGUGUAUCCAGUGGUUGAAGAGCAUAUUUGAGAUAAAGCCCAUCUGGCUCCGGAAGCAAUUGGAAGAUAUCGCGUCUGACGAUUUGCGUAGAUUCAUCAAACAGGCUCUCCCGUAUGUAACGUAUAUCUACAAGUCGGGUCCGUGGCGAUUCUGUAACGUCAAGUUUGGAGUUGAUCCGAAGAGCAGCACCUCAUACUGGAUCUACCAGAGCGAGUACUUCCGGAUCCCUGGGUUGAAGUUUGUGAGGUCCAAGCUAGCUUCGCGUAGAGUAGUACCCAACACGGUCGUAGAAUCCAACAAACACGCCAAAAAGGGUCUGAAUGCUGUUGAAGUCGAAGUGUCCGAGUUUCUCUUCUUCAACGGUGUUACUUUGCCAUCUACUGUAACAUACCAAAUAGGCGAUAUACUAGACUUGGACAUUACCACCAUCGUUGAAGACCACCAGAAGUACUUUGGAAGCUCCUUUUUGCGUGAAACUCCUGAUUUCCAGGACGGUUGGAUCAACAGACAGACAAUGGAGGUGAUUCGCAGAAUUAUCCGCUACAAACUUAACAGAAUCGUCAAGGAAGAACCAAUAGACCAGAAUAAAAUCUACAAGAUAAUGAACGCAGAUUAUGUCCUGAAUGAUGAGCAUAUGGAGCCAGACGACGACGAUACAACUGCAGUGAAAAUAGAAGAAGACUUGGACACAGGAGAAGAAGAUCAGGACCAAGAAGAGGUAAAAGAUGAAAAUGGAGAGACGGAAGAAGACGAGGCCAGCUUGAUGAACAAACUCAACCAUUUGAACCAGGAGUCUUCCAGUGGACUAGCGGAACUUGUAGGCUUUAUCAAGCAAGACUCGAUAGAGAAGGAGCCUUAA